UCUAACAUCUUACCCACGCCUGGCGUGACACAUACAGGAAAUCUCAUGGCCAAACGCCACUCGCCACUUUCCCUUGACGUGACCUGCUCAAGACAUUGUGGAUUCUCAUCUGCACACUUGAUCGUGUUUGACAGAUCCUCGCAGCGAUAUGGAAAACAUCACCUGGGACUACAUCCUCAAAUACAUCAUUGUUGGCGACAGUGCUGUUGGAAAGUCUUCCAUCCUAGUUCGACUGACAGAUGAUCGUUUCGCGACUACUGAGCCGACUCUGGGAGUUGAAUUCGGCUCGAGGAUAUUGACGGUGGGAGAUGAAGGCAAGAAGGUCAAGGUGCAAUGCUGGGACACGGCUGGAACUGAGAGUUUUCGGUCAAUAACUCGGAGCUACUUUCGAGGAGCUGCUGGAGCACUGCUGGUCUAUGACGUGACAAGACGAGAUUCGUUCGAGCACGUCACGUCCUGGUUGAAUGAUUUGAGAGAGUUCGCCGAUGACAAUGUAACCAUUAUUCUGGUGGCCAAUAAAACGGACCUAUGUACCUUGAUACCACCAGCAACUUCGAAAUCUGCUACAUCAUCUCCCAUCCCCAAAUCCUCACCUCAGAUCGCUCAGGAGCCCGAGUCGACUGUCGGCGAGACCUCCCGAAAGGUGUCCAUGCGCAUAAGGACAGUCUCGACAGCAGAGGGAGCGGCGUUCGCCAAGCAGCAUGGUUUAAUGUACGUCGAAACGAGUGCGAAGCAAGGAUGGGGAGUCUUGGACGCUUUUGAAAGCUCCGCUAGAGAGGUUCUGAGACGCUUGAACGAGGAUGAGCUGAAAAGGAGAAAGCCCAAAGGCGUCAAGCUCGAUAAGCAGCAGUCGAAGUCGGGAUCGUGCUGCUGAGUCUCUUCGACAGUCCCGCUGCGGCGAACUAGACCUUCGCGUAUAACACAGUCGAGCUCGCUUCCAAGGCUUCAUCCUCAGAGCCAAGGCUCUCUCUCUCUAUGCCUUUCCAUGGAGGGUGUUGUCCAACGAUACUCAGAUCACACGACAUUCUGGUCUGGCAACAUCCACGAGAGAAACAGAUAUCUGAGCUUCAAAGACCCGCUUAGCACAAAUGGCUGUUCCGAUUUCACAGGGGGUUAGGAGAACCCUUUCGGCAAGGGUGG